CCYUCCUCUGCAGAGAUCAACUUCAAGAGGAUGGGCUGGGAUCCCAGGAGAGGCUUUGUCAUCCCGUCCCACUCCUUCGUGUACUCGGGGAUCCUGACGUGCUCAGCCCACGUCAACGGCAGCGUCUUCAACUCCUACUACCUGGCCCAGAGACUGGAGGGCAGAAUACAGAACCUGGCUCUGAAGGCAACUCCCAAAAAGCUGCUGGUGGGAGAAACCCUCCAUCUGGAGUGCAAGGCAGAGACCUUCAUCAACGGGCGCGUCGAGUUCGUCUGGACGUGUCCCCGGGGCAGACACCCUCACCCCAGGAGAACGAUGGACCAGAGCGAUGUGGUGUACAAAGCUGGCAGCAGCCUGACCAUUGAAAAUGUCACCAUGGAGGAUGGGGGGCUGUACAUCUGCAGGACUGUCAAUGUCACCAGGCUGGAGGCCAAUGUCACCGUCACGGUGUACGAAAAGCCCUACAUCACGGUGUCCCACAAGAAAGGGCCCUACUAYGAGAUCCCCUCAGGACACAAGGCCCUGAAGCUGGCUGCCAAGGUGGACGCCUUCCCUCGGCCCACUGUCACCUGGUACAAGGAUGGCAAACUGAUCAAGGACAACCACACGUGCUACGAGCCAGAGCCACUGAAAUACCGCCUGGGGAUCCGGGACGUGAGGCCAAAGCACGCGGGGAAYUACACCAUGGUGCUGAGCAACCCCAAACACGGCCUCUACAAGAACCUCACCAUGCAGCUGGUGGUGACAGAGAGACCCAAGAUCUAUGAGAAGGAAACAGAUUUUGACAAGAUUGUGCGGGUGGAGUUGAGAAGCAAACACAAAAUCCAGUGCACAGCCAGUGGGAAUCCCGAGCCCAGGAUCGAGUGGAAGUGGCAGCCCUGCAACCUCACAGGCACCCUGUGCAAUCCCGAGGGGCAAAAAGUCAUGGUUCAGGAGAACACAGUCCUAGGAGGAAACAGGAUCAGGAGCAUCAAGAGCAGCCCCAUAAGGCACGGGGAUAAAACCAAGAUCGUGAGCACCCUCACCACGGAGAACAGCAGCGCCUCAGGAAUCUUUUACUGCGUGGCCUCCAACAAGGUGGGCGAGGAGGAGCGCAGCGUCGAGUUCUAUGUGUCAGAUGUGCCAUCUGGGCUGCAAACAGCCCCGCAGGUCACAGCCAUCGUGGGGAAUGACGUGCAGCUGACCUGCCGGGCCUCCAGGUACAUCUACACCCACCUGGGCUGGUUCUACCCCUCCUCAGAGCCGGCUCCCGGCCACUCAGUGCUCAGGAAAAUGGGCAAAUAUUCCAUCUCCGUGACUCUGCUGAUCCCCAAYGUGACGAGGGAGCAGAGUGGGCUGUACAGAUGCCGAGCCCAGAACCAGCACAACAGCACGGACACGCUGGAGCAGCGCUCCCGGCUCCUGGUCAGAGCCAAGGCAGCGCCCUACGUGAUCCAGAACCUGACRGACCUGGAGGUCAACAUCAGCGGCAAGAUCCUGCUGGAGUGCAAGGUCAGCGGCACCCCCGAGCCCCUGGUCACCUGGAGCAAGAACGGCUACCCCAUCUCAGCUGCCUCAGGAAUUUCCAUGGAAAACAACACCCUGGUCAUYGAGAGAGUGAAGAAGGAUGACGAGGGGCUCUACGAGUGCCGGGCCUCCAACGACUUGGGCCAGGACAGCACAUCAGCCUUCAUCAAAAUCCAAGGUUCUGAGGAGAAAUCCAACAUCGAGGUGAUCAUCCUGGUGUGCACCGGGCUGGCUGCCACGCUCUUCUGGCUCCUGCUGACCCUCUUCAUCCGCAAACUGAGGAAGCCCGAUGCCACCGAUAUUAAGACAGGAUACCUGUCCAUCAUCAUGGAUCCCGAGGAGAUGCCUCUGGAYGAGCAGUGUGACCGCCUGCCCUACGACAGCAGCAAAUGGGAGUUCCCCAGGGACAGGCUGCGCCUGGGUAAAACACUGGGUCAUGGUGCUUUUGGGAAGGUGGUGGAGGCGUCUGCUUUUGGCAUUGAUAAAUCUUCAACCUGCAAAACAGUGGCCGUAAAAAUGCUGAAAGAAUGUGCAACUACUAAYGAAUGCAAGGCUUUAAUGUCUGAGCUGAAGAUCCUCAUCCAUAUAGGACAUCACCUGAACGUGGUCAACCUGCUGGGAGCCUGCACCAAAGCUGGAGGUCCUUUAAUGGUCAUAGUGGAAUACUGCAAAUAUGGAAAUCUGUCCAACUAUCUAAGAGGGAAACGAGGGGAUUUCAUUGCAUACAAGUCCCAGGAAAGCUCAGACCAAGCCGAGAAAAGCCUGGAUGAGUCCAACAGUGACUUAACUGAGCUGAUCAAGAGGCGUCUCGAGAGUGUGGCCAGCACAGGCAGCUCUGCCAGCUCAGGAUUUAUUGAAGAUAAGAGUUACAGCGACUCAGAAGAUGAUGAAGAAGAUGCUGAGGAUCUGUACAAGAGGCCCCUGACUCUGGAGGAUCUGAUCUGCUACAGCUUCCAGGUGGCCAAAGGCAUGGAGUUCCUGGCCUCCCGAAAAUGCAUCCAUCGGGAUCUGGCAGCCAGGAACAUCCUCCUCUCUGAGAACAACGUGGUCAAGAUCUGUGACUUCGGCCUSGCCAGGGACAUUUAUAAAGACCCCGACUACGUCCGGAAGGGAGAUGCACGACUUCCACUCAAGUGGAUGGCUCCAGAAGCUAUUUUUGACAAAAUUUACACCACGCAGAGCGACGUGUGGUCUUUUGGAGUGCUGCUGUGGGAAAUAUUUUCUCUAGGUGCCUCUCCAUACCCCGGAGUGCAGAUCGAUGAGGAUUUCUGCCGGCGGCUCAAGGAGGGGACCCGGAUGAGAUCUCCAGAAUAUUCCACCCCYGAAGUCUACCAGACAAUGCUGGAUUGCUGGCACGGAGUUCCCACGGAGAGGCCGACGUUCACYGAGCUGGUGGAGCGCCUGGGGGAUCUUCUUCAGGCCAACGUGCAGCAGGAUGGCAAAGACUAUAUUCCACUGAACAUCACCUUGUGUCCAGAUGGAGAAUCCAAUUCCAAAACCUGCCCUGUGGAAGAAAACUUGAACAACGGAGUGAAUCGCUGGAGCGCAGUGGAAACUGGCAACAACAGCGAGAAGAGACCCCUGAGUGUGAAGACAUUUGAUGAGGUGCCAGUGGAAAAGGAGAAAGUGAUGCAUGAGGAGUCGGACAGCGGAAUGGUGCUGACGUCAGAGGAGAUCAAAAGCCCCAAGAGGUUGGAAAUCCGUUCCUGGCCCUAUGGGAUCAUGGCUCUGGCGAGGAGAGCUGUCAGCAGGAGCAAGGAAUCCAUCCUGUCUGACCACGAGACAGUCAAGUACCAGCCAGCAGUGCAGGUGGAAGAGGACACCAUGGACUUCCCGCUGGAAGACUCGGUCCUGCUGCCCAUGGAUCCCAACCUGGAAUGCCACAGCCCACCCCCGGAUUACAACUCUGUCAUCCACUACUCAGCCCCCCCAGUGUAACCAGUGCCCCCAGCACGGGCUGCACCUCUCAGCCUUGCCAGGCUCUCCUGGGUGAGACAGAAGGGAAUUCUGCCAGGAUAAGGCUUCACCUGUUUCUUCUGGUGCAUCUUGGAUGUGAUUAGAAACAAUUUAAAAGCAUCUUCUCUCUUCUCUUUGAAGUUCUAUUGCAUUAUGUGCAGUGAAUUAAGAACAUUCUGUCUAUCAGAGUCGUAGGGAGGAGCUGUCACCCCAAACUGCUGUGUCUCCUUCCCCCUGGCAGGGUCUGUCCAUUGGCAUUUCCAAUCCACAGGUUCCUGCAUUCCCAUUUCACCCCAUAAGGGUCUCGCAAAGCUGGUUGGGAACACAAGAUUCAAGAUCCUGGCCCUGCACACAUUCUGCAGGGAUUGGUUAGGAUCUUUUGAAAUCCAAGAUAUUUUGGUUGCAAUUUGGAUUUAAUAAUGCCCACUGCCCAGAGGACACACUCCUAAAGCUGGCAUGGCUCAAGGAAAGCUAGUAGCACUGGUGUGCCUGCUCUUUUGGGCCAGCGAGGUUAAAUCUGGGUUAAAUCUGUGUUAAAUCUGUGUUAAAUCUGUUAAAUCAGCGUGUUAAAUGUGUCAAAUCAGAAUUCCUGAUUUCCCCUUGUUCAAACAGCAGUUUAUUUAGCAGACAUGUAAUAGGGAACCUUGCUGGGGAUGCGUCUGUAAUGGUUGCAAGGCAAAAUCACUGCCUUAAAUAAGAACCUUCCUAASUCAAGCAGAAUUUCCCAGCUCACAGUAUUUCACAUAGGUUUGUGUGAAUGUGCAUAAAAUACUCAUGAACAGCACGAGAGUCACACAGAAACUCUCACACACCCUUGAGGCACCACCAGCAGGGCAGCAGCAUUUUUAUGUUUCCUUUCUGCAAYAGGCUGUUUACUAAAACAACACACUCAACAAAAAAAGCAUUUCCUCUGGAUUGUGUGGCAGUGCCCCAGGGUUUGGCCCKGGGAAUACUUGCCCUUGCUAAGCUGCAGGCCUGUGUGACACACAGUGAUCUCUGUCUGUCUUGCCAAGGUAAAUCCUGGUAUCCUAUUCAGAUCUGCAUCUGAACCUUCCUGGGUUCAAGGUAAUUCAAAGUUUUUGUUGCAGCAGCACUGAAAGGAUCAUGAAUUCUCACAUGUGAGAGAUUCACAGUGGGUUUCUCCCUGCCCUGAAGCUGUGUGUGGCAGGGACUGCCACAAGUGUGCCCAGGUGCCCUGUGUGCCCUGUGCAUCAUCACAGCAGCCUCCAAAAACAGCAAAUAAUCCUUUUCCUUUCACGGGCUCUGUAACAAUCAGAGUCGGCUUUAAAAAUUUAGGAAGGGAAAGGUCUCUAGGUUGCAAACAGAAAAAGCCAGGAUGAGCAAGAUGUUCAUUGACAGCGAGGGCUGUAACCUCCUGAGUUACAAACGGAUCUAUAAAUGGCUCCCUGGGCAGUUUCCUCCAAGCCCUGCACAGCCUUUCCCUUUUCUUCCUUGAUUUGACUUCUUCAGCGAAAAAGGAGUUUUUCUUCAUGAUUCAAACUAGAGGGGGAUGAAAUGCAGCCCUCUCAGAACGAUGAUGUUACCUUGGCAAAGACAGCUGCACGCCCCCGCAGCAGCGCAGGAAGCUUUUCUGGAUGAGUGCUUGAGGUGGGCUGCGCUGAAGGAAUCACAAACAAGCCUCAGGUAUUAUCAAAGGGGAAAACAUCUCCAAACCCCACCCCACAGUAACUGUGAACGCUCGAGCAUCUGAAGGAUGGGCUCUGGGGAACUGCACUGCUCCUUCUCCUUGACUUCAGAGUCGAUUUUUCAUCAAAUUAUUAUUAAUUAUUAACCUGCAGUCCCUCCAGAGCCCCUGCUCAUAGUGCAUCUGCCAGACAAGUGUGGGCUGUAGUUGCUUCAUGGUCAUUUUGCACUGCUUUGUAUUGUAGUAGCUGUGUAUUAAAUUGAGCUGGUCAUAGAAAAGCAGAAACUACUGGGAAAGAAUUCAUCUGAUGAGCCCCAGAAAGCUCAUUGGAUUGGUUUUGUAUCAAACACUAAUUAGCUAUCUAUAGCUCUGAUCAAGUAAUCAAUCACUUCUUGUGGAAAUAAGUUAUUGAUGAGGCAAAAGGCAAAGAAGGUACAGCCAGGGUGUGUGGCUCUGCUGUCGAUGGCCUCAGUUGGAGAUGUUCAUUACUGCACCUUGAGCUGGAGGGGGAGGAAACGGCCUGGAAAAACCUUUGCUUAUGAAUUUUCAAAUGUAGGAACAAACCCUGCAGGUGUGUUCUGUUUUGAGGAAGAAUGGGGGGCUCURCUGGCUGAGCUGAGCUCGUGGCUCCCCUCUCUGCAGGAUGAGCUGCAGGGGUUUCUCRGAGAGCAGAGGCACAGGAGCGCCUUUGGGGAGCGGGACCCCGUGGACUGGGGGAACCAGGUCCCUUCUGGCUCUCAGGAACACAUCAGCCUUCCUGGGUCACCCGACAUGGGCUGAAACAGGGCACAGGUUCCAGUUCUCCAGGUGAUUAAACCCUUGCUUGCACUGACAACCCCCAAAGCUGAGGGCUCCUCUGCACUGGCAGAAUGGAGAACGUCCUGAGCAGAUCCUGUGGCCACUUCCCCUCCGAGUGUCCAGUGAUGGAAGGGACUGACUGAUGUUUGGGCAGCUGUUUCCAAUGUUUGUUUUGAGUGGAAAACGUUUUUUCUCCUUAUAGUAAAUGUAACAAGCAAAAGUAUUGCCUGAAAAGUAUUAUUGAACAUAUUGUCUUCUAUUUUAUUUACUAAUAUUUUGUUUGUCCUUCUCUCUCCUCCCCUAAUUUAAUUAUUGUUCUCUUCUUCCAAUGAUGUAUAUAGUGUACCCUGUAGCAGCAAAUAUAGGAUUCAUUUAUCUGGUAAAAAAUUUGUAACAUUUUAGUCCAAAGAGCAAGAGAUAGCCAGAUGUAACAGAGUUAAGUAUUGUACUAAACAUUUCACUAAUGCUUGCAGGCCAGGCUCCCGUUUACAGUGCCCCACUAGUGCCAUGGCACAGCAUCUCCCUGUGCUGGGAGUGUCUCUGCCUCUCACUCACUCUCCACGUUAUUUAGUUUCAGUUAGGAAACAGGAAUCUGGAGGAAUCUGGCAGGUUUAUCUCAUUCCUGAAAUGUCACCACGUGCAGCUCAUGUGAAAGGAGAGGGAUUUCCACUGCCUGGGUUUUAAUUGGAGACUGGUGGAUUGGCUAGAGGAUUAGAAGGGGGGAAUUAUCGAAAUGAUGUGAUGUUUAUUAUUUUGUCAGACUUCUCAGGGAUUCUUACUCGACUCCUGUCUGCCAGCUGCUUUCUCUAACCUGAGCUCAGUGGGAUCUGUAUUAACAUGUACCUUUGUUUCCUUUGAUGGUGCUCUCUCCUGCUGGCUUUGUGCUCUUGGGAGCCCAGAGAAYUGGGGCAGAGGAGCUCAGAGCUCUCCACAGAAUUGUGUUGUCUCCUCUCCAACAAUCACYUCCCCUCAGGUGUCCAAGUGCCUUMACC